AUGCCAGCGCCCCUGGGCUUCCUUGGUCUGGUCCUGUUCUGGGUGCUGGCGCGAGUGACUGCAGGGAAAAUGCCAGGCUCGCUGGUGGGGCAGGCGGCCUCCUGCAUGACUUCCUGCACAGGGUCAGCUGAUCCUCACCUCCCCGUGGGCACCAGAUACAUCUAUCACUUUUCCACUAACACCAGCACCAGCCUGCAGGGGGCCCAGGUGGAGGGGAGUGGCCUUGGUCUGCAAGGCUUGGUUACCCUCGAUGUACUUGGCCCUUGCCAGAUGGCCUUACGGCUCCAGCACUUCCAGCUGACAUCCAUCCUGGGGUCCAAGGUAGAAGUUCUGAAGCAGUCAGAGAGUCUGAGCGCUGUCCUGGGCCGGGCGCCACUGCGCUUCGUCCUGCAAGCGGGGCGCGUGGUCCGCCUGUGCCCCGCCCGAGCCGAGCUGCGCUGGGCCCUGAACGUGAAGCGGGCGGUGCUGAGCCUCCUGCAGGGUCAUCCGGGUGUCCGCGACCCCCACACCGUGGAGGAGGUGGACAUCCUGGGCAGGUGUCCCACCACGUACCAGCAACUCGGAAGCAGGCUGCACAAGACCAAGGCCCUGGCGCGGUGCUCCCUGCGCAGGGUGCGCGCCUCCCUGCGCUCGCAGGCCCUGCCCGCCGCCCAGUCUGGCCUGGCCUCCCAUCUGACCUGCGUCCAGAGUUUGCAGGCUGGUGUGCUGCGGGAGGCCUCCUGCACGCAGCUGGACACUGCGGGGCCGCUCUCAAGGGAGGCAAGUGCUGCACUGAUGUGGACCUUUUCCUCGCUCUCCCUGCGGCAGGAGGUACCCCAGGACCCGGCUGUCACAGGUGAUGGGGAUAGGGAUUCACACGGUGGAGACUUAGCCCCUAGCAGCUUGUUGUACGAGUGGGAGGAGACACCGUCCCAAGCUACGGUGGCCACAGGGGCUGCAUCAGUGAGGAGACUGUGCCUGGCUCGGGCCACAAGCUUUGAGGCCACAGAACUGUUCCUGACGCUGGUGUCUGAGCUCCGAGGCCUCUCUGUGGAUGAGCUCAUGGAACUCUGGGGACUUUCCUUUAAAUGCCGAGACAACUGGCAGCCGCUGGUGGAUGCCCUGCCCUCCUGUGGCACUGAGGCCUGCGUGGGCCUCAUGGCAGAGCUCAUCAUGUCCGGGGAGGUGGAGGCAGACGAGACAGAGGCGUGGCUCUGGUCGCUGGCCUUCGUCCCAGAGCCCACAGAUGCUAUGGUCCGCGCGCUGCUGCCUCUGCUGCAGACCCCGGGGGCCAGCUCCAGCGCCUUCCUGGGCAUCUCGGCUCUGGUGCACAACCUGUGUGUGUCUCUGGACGGGCCCUGUGAGCAGCUCUCUGGUGUCGGCUCCCUUGUGAGAUUCCUGGGAGAUGCCGUGGAUGCCAACUGCACCUUCCGGGAGCCCUCAGACGCUGAUCAGCUCCUGUUCGUGCUGAAGGCCAUUGGCAACGCUGGCUGGGCAGCCACAGCUCUCACCCCCAAGCUGAGCACUUGUGCCUCCCUGGGGAGCUGCCCCCCUGAGAUCCGGCUGGGGGCCAUCCAGGCCUUCCGGAGGGUUCCCUGCUCUGCGGACCGAUCCGUGCUCUCCAGCCUGUACCGAAACGCCGAGGAGGAUUCUGAGAUCCGCAUCAAUGCCUACCUGGCCCUGAUGAGGUGCCCGGGCAAGGAGGUGUUUGCCCAGGUGCGGCAUACCCAGGCCGGAGAGCAGUCCACCCAGGUGGGCUCCUUUGUGUGGAGUCACCUCCUGCAGCUGUUGGAGACCGACGACCCCUUGAAACAGAGCCUCCGGGAGGCCGUCCCUGAAGAUAUUGUCAGCCGGGAGUUCCAUCCAGAGGUGUGGAAACACUCGUCCUACUCUGACGUCACCUUCCGCUCAGCAUCAGGCAGCCUGGGAGCCAACCUGGAGGGGACCCUUCUCUUCUCUCCAGCCUCCUUCCUCCCCCGUUCUGCCACAGCCAACCUGACCAUCCACGCUUUUGGUCAUGCCUUCAACCUCCUGGAGUUGGGGCUUCGGCUGGAAAAUGCCGAGGAAAUGGCCCGCAGGCUGUUUGGCCCGAAGUCAUUCUGGGGGCAGGAAGAGGAGAGACAAGCCCAGGCGAAGGAGCCCCCAGAGGCAGAGCCAGGGCCCACAUCGGCUGACCCAGCCUGUCCAGGAGAAAGGUCCAGAAGGAUGAGAGACUUGCAGCAGAAGGUGGCCCGGAGGCGCGGGGAGCGGCAGGCACUGAAAUGUCAGCUGAGCAUGAAGGUGUUCGGGCAUGAGUUGAGCUUUGUGAACUGUAGGGUGAUGGGGAGCCACGUGACGCACCAGUCCCUGAACCUGGCUGAGCUUGCCAUCAAACUCCUGAAGGGCCAGGAGGUGCAGGUGAACCGGAGGCUGAACCUAGCAAUGCAAGAGCUCACCUUUCCCACCAUGUCUGGCCUCCCAGCCCAGCUGACCCUCAACGUCUCGGCUGCCGUCAGCAUCCGGGUCCGAGGGACAGCCGACUUCCAGCAGCGCUCAGAUUUCUCUGUGAAUGGUUACGUCAAGCCCAGCGCGCUGCUCCAGAUCUCAGCACAGAUGGGCACAGUGGGUGCCCUGGGGCAGGCCGGGCUGAGGUGGGUGACUGGUAUCCACGGCACCGCCAGCCUGGAUGGUGGGAUCCAGGCGAGGAAGGGCCAAGACCUCAGGGUGCAUCUGAACACACCAGAGGAGGUCGUGGAGCUGUUCCGCUUCAGCUCUCAGCUGUAUCUCGUCACUGGGGAUGGUGUGAGGAGCCUCAAUCACGUUCCCAGCCCUUCCGAGGCCCAGUCCUGUACCAGCAAGGAAGCAUCCCGCAGCUGGGGCUGGCAGCUCUGCACUGAGGUGCGCUGGCCGGCCCCUGACCAGCCCUUCCUGCUCUCGGUGCCUGUGUCCGCGGCCGUGACGCUGGAGAAGCAGGACCGGGGGCUCCAACAGUAUCUGCUGGAAGCUGCCUACACCCUCCACCCCCAGAAGGACUGCUGGCUCCCUCAAGAAGCCUCAGCUCACAUCUUCAUGGGCACGCCUGGAUCGGAAGUGCCCAGGGACGUCGGGGUGGACAUCAGCUAUAGCUGGCCUCAGGGGAAGUUCCGUCUCAAGCUUCUGCAUCCCAAGAAGAGAAUUGAGCUUGAUGGAAAGAUCGAGACUGUCCAGAGGGCCCGCAUGGGUCACCUGGAGCUGAUCCUGGAUGAAAGGGACGUCUACUACAUCAAGGGCCAGAGCAACCUGUGGCCAGCAGUGGGCAGUGAGGCCCAGCGGUUUGAGGCCCAGCUGGAGGUGAAACUGGUGACAUCGGGCAGCCCUGUGGUCCUCACCGGAAACCUCAGCCAGCAAGUGGGCAGCCGGUUGGCCUUCUCUGUGUCACUGAGCAACCUGUUGGGUGAUGAGGCCCGCGUGUCAGUGCUGCUGGAGAAGAAGGUGAAGGACGGGCUGCAGGUGGCAUCCCUGGGUGGCGAGCUCUUUGUGCCGGGGCUUGUGGGGCUGCGUGUCCUGGGCCAGCUGCAGCGGCAGGGCCACCUCUGGACCAGCUACCUGAGGAUCAAGUACGGCCUCCGGGGUCAGGCCAAGCAGCUGGCUCAGGAGUGCAACACCAGCCAGAAGCUAUGGACAGAGAGCGGCUCAGAGGCCUCCUACAAGCUGGAGCUGAACCACAAACUCCACUGCACGCAGAUCCCAGCUUUCAGUCACAAGGUCCAGCUGCGGCACGAGGAAGGCUCUGGACACCUGCACUGGGUGCUGGAGGCGAGCUACGGGAAGCACUGGGAUGACAGCCGCAACAGGAGGCGCCUCCGCAUCCUCCACACCUUCCAGAACGACUCGGGCCCGGCCCUGAGCAAUCACUUCCUGGAGUUUGUGCUGCAGGUGCUGGAGAGGCAGUUGGAUUACCGAAUGCAGCUGCACCACCUGAGCCUCCGCCAUCCUCACGUGGAGACCAGCACGCACCUGAAGGUGCAGUACAACGGGCGGCUGCCCUUCGUGGCGGGCUUGCAGUGGAAGGACACGUCCAGGGCUGCCCUGUGGAAGUGGGAAGGAGCCUUGAACCUGAAUAGUCCCUGGCUGAUGGUCUCCAUGGCUCACAGGCUGUACUGGCCUAAUCGAGCCAUGUUCCAGGCUGUGUUGGAGCUGACGCUGGGCAAGGCCUGGACCCUGAAGAAUUUGGUGGUGAACGUGGCCUGCAGGGGCCAGGGCCUCCAGAGGCAGGGCAAGAUCCAUGUCUACACCCCAGCUACCACCUACCUUCGGGUUUCCACGGUGACAGCCUUGGCACAGAGCCUCUUUAGCAGCCAGAGUGAAAUAGAAUCAGCCUGGAGCGAAGCGGUGCAGAGCAAGGUUCAUGCUGAGAACAGCCGAGACCGUAAGAUCCUGCACUGCUGGUUGAAGGGCCCACAGCGGGAGCUGAACCUAACGGCAGCCUACAGGCACAUGGAGCAGCCAUGGAAGAGUCAUGUAUCGCUGACGGCUCUGGGGACCGGUGCCAGGGGCCAUCCUGAGGGCCUGCAGCUGGAGGGCAGCCUGGAGGAGCUGGUUCGAGACAGGAGCUUGUACCGGAAGCAGGGAACCUUCUUCCUUGUGCACCCCUGGACUGUGCCCCUCCCGCAGCGCAUCCUCCUGCAGGAGACCUUCACGGCUGACAGGCGGCACCAGCGUUACUCCCUGGAGAGCAGGGUGGUCCUGGGUGCCCAGGAGGAGACCCUGCAGACCGUGGUUCUGGGCUACCAGGCCGGGCACCCCUAUGUCUGCGCGGGCCUGACCCACCCAUACGACGGCAGGGCCAUCCCCAGGAGCUUGGAUGGGUGCGUGGUUUUGUGGAAUCGGCAUGUGGCUAAGAACAGAGGUGUCGAGGCCACUCUGAAAGUCAACCAGAAAGUCUUGCUGCACGUGAAGGCUCUUCACCAUGACAGAUCACAGCGUGGUGAAGUCUGGCAUAACCUGGCCCUGGACGUGGCUCACUCCUUCCAGCUGAGGUUUCCCCAAGCCCUGAAUGUGGACGGGGACAUUGUCUUCAGACAGAGUCACGAGGGAGCAUUUGACUGUGGCGUGGAUGCACGAGCUACCAUCAACCGCAACGUCACGUCCCAGGUCUCGGUCCAGCUGAAUGGAUCUGACUCCCACUCGGUGGUUUCCUUGCAGCUCAGAUGUCCCCGUGGACCCACGUUUCCUCCAGACUUCCAGGUGCAGGCGGCUGCCAGGCGCUACAGAGAGCGUGGCGUCAACAGCUCCCUGUCUGUGCACGUGUCUGGCGAGGAGCUGGUUCUGCUGGAGGCCAGUGCUAGCCAGGAUAGCCGGAAGAACACCCGGGGCUGGGGUAUGAGCAUCCUCCUACACCAGGAGGUCCUCAGAGCCCCCAGGGCUGUUCAGCUGCAGCUCUCCAGCAAGGUCGCCCCAGCCAGGAUCUGGCUGUUUUCCAAAGCCCUGCUGGACCAGAACACAGUGCAGCUCUUCCUCAAGGCCUCCGAGGAGCGGAGAGGAGGCUGGGUCCUGACCCUGCGGAGCCAAGCCCAGCACACAGUGGCCGCCUGGGCAGCCCUGCCCCGUCUUCUGACCGUCGUGGGGGUGCUGAAGCAGAAGGAGGUGCUCAGAGAGGGUACUGUCAAGGUCACUGCCGACUCAGCCAUGCUGGGAUUCCUCUUGCGGGACAAGCAUGAGAGGGCGGGGAACAGCACCAGCAUGCACAGUGUGACCUGCAUCCUUGCCCAGAACAGCAGCCAGGCCUUGCCAGGAGAGCUCCGGCUAAGCGGGCGGCUGCAGGCCCAGACGGGGAGCCUCGGGGGCCAGGCCAGCCUCCGUGCUGACACGGCCAGCCUGGCCCUGGGUGGGGCCUGCACCUGGGGCCCUGGGCACGGCCAGCUCUCUGGUAGCCUGAGUCACAACAUCAGCACUUUGAGUGAGGCAGGGCUCUCCUCCGAGGCAGGGAUACUCCUGUCACACACCCACGUGGCUUCCAACUUCUCAGUGAGCAUGAUGCUGCGAAGUUCCGGGGGUCAGCUGGAUGCGGCCCUUGGCCUGGAGGGCGUGGCCACCAGCGCACCAGGCAGCCAGCUCCGCAGCAGCCUCAGCCACACGGUGCCCGGCCUCAGGCGCUGGGGCCUCCCCUUCUCCUUGGACGGCCGUGGACACUUGCAGCUGGAGGGACCCAAUCUGGAGGCAGGGCUGGUGGUGAGCGUGGAUGGCGAGGAACUUGGUGGAGGCCUGGAGAGGAGGGGAGCAGGUGACCUCCGGGAGCUGACCCUGGGGCUGCACCCCAGCCUCGUGAGGCUCCAGCAGAAUCCAGCUGUGCUGAUGCUGAACGGCUCCUUCCUGGUGCACACCUUUGGGGCCAGCCUGGUGGCUCAGGUAUCAUCUGGGGACACCUUCGCCCGAGCCCACAUCCACUCAGCCUGCGGCCACCGUGCUCACCUGGACACUGGCCUCCAGCAUGCAUGGCCUCCACUUCAGGCACUGGGAGUUCCCCCCAACAACCACAUCCAAGUGUCCAUGUGGGAAGAUGAACCCCCUCGGGCCCAGCUGGAGGUGGCCCUGGGCCUGUGCACCCUGACCGCCCGUGGGGACUUCAGAUCAGAGGCCAGCGUCACACACAACUGGACCCUGGCCCUGGUGAAUCACUGCCCUCUGCUGGAGGCGACAGGAAUCCCGCGGGCCCUGCGCUCUGAGGGCAGCCUAAGCUGGGGCCCCUGCAAGUUCGACCUGACCACGGACUUCCAUAGUGACCGUGGAGAUGCCCACCUGCAGUUGGCCCGUACCUGUGGGCCCCACACCUUGGUUCUGGGGCACCUGACCCACUCCCUGCCCCUCCUGGGCCGACUGGGCCUGCCACCCCAGAGUGCCAUCAGCCUGACCGUCCAGCCUGGCCCUGCCCCCCACAGCUCCCUGUCCCUCCAGAUGGGGCCGUGCUGGCUGCAGGGUGCCCUGGGGCAGCACACUGAGAACCAGAGCACGUGGAUACUGGCCACCGAGCCGGGUUGCCCGCUGCUGGAGCAGGGCCUGGGCCUCCCAGCAGGGACGCAGCUCAGUGACUCCCUGCAGGCCUUGGGUGGGGAAGCAGAAGCAUCAGGGGUCCCUGUGGCGGCCAGCCAGACUGCUUCCUUGACCUUGGCGGUGACCCUGCGCCCAUCCGAGGCUGUACUCCGAGCGAAACUGAGGCCCACGCUGCCUGCACUGCACGCGCUUCCCCCGGAGACCUCGCUGACCGUCCAGUGUGGGUGGGAGGCCGGGUACCAGCUGCGCCUGGAGCUGCACAUGGGGGCCUGUGAACUUCAGGGCAGUGGUGAGCUGCAGCUGGACCGCCGGCUGCAGUGGCGGGUGGUGGCCGAGAGCUCCUGCGAGGGCCUGCAGGCCCUGGGGGUCCCAGGCCGAGUCAACAGCUCCGGCUACGUUGCAGUGAACUCCACAGCCAUGGACGCUCAGGCGCUGGUCACCGUGGAUGCCAGCACGCUACGGGGGCUGCUUGUCCUCAGCACCACCGAGACCCAGCAGGAGGUGAACUUGCUGCUCACACACAACCUGCCUCAGCCCAACCCCUUGGCCCUCCCAGCCCAGAUCCUGCUGUACCUGACCAACAAGAGGCUCGGGCCCAGCUACAGACACACCCUGCAGGUCGGAGUGGAUGGCAAAGAGGUCUCCACGGACGUUGACAGCAGCGGCGCUGGCUUUGAGAAUUCAGGACGCAUCUCAUCAGGGUCCACGUCUCUGAAUUACUCCGUGAGCUGCCGUCACCGCGAUGGGCGCCUGGAGUUCUCUGGUUGGAGCGAGCACAACAGCUGGGCCCUGCGGCAGGCGGGGUUCCCGGAAGAGGCCCACCUGGGCGCUGAGCUGCAGAUGCAGAAGACCCAGACACAGGCCCGUGUGGUCCUCCAAGGUGGGGACGAUGGGAUCAGCAUGGACACGGCAGCCCUGGUGGCCCGGCCAGUGAAUGGCCCCCUGGAGCUGGUGGUGAAUGUCAGCCACACGGCACCUCUUCUCCGGAGGCUGGGCCUGCCCUUUGCCAGCCAGCUCAUGUUCCGGGAGCUCUGGGAAAAGGAAGAGAUGCAUUCUUCCCUGCAGCUGACGUGCGAUUCUCAAACCAGCCUGGUCCUCAAUAUCCAAGGCCACAACCAGGCACUCAGCAAAGAGCUGCGGCUCUCCGGCCGGCAUCAUCUCCCCAUCCUCCUCGGCCGCUGCCCCAGCAGAGCCUCUGCCUCAGCCAAGCUACGAUACUCUGAGGGUGGAGCCGAGGGCACAUUUGUGUUGAUGGUGGAGGAGCAUCAUUUCCACAUGGGCGCCGGGCUCGCAGCUGCUAAGAACAGCCUUACCAACAUCAUCAAGCUGGAGCAGACCUUCCCCCAGUUCUACACCCUUCCUGGGGAGCUGGUCCUUCAGACCUCAUACGAGCGAGCCCGUGGCACCCAAAUCCUGCACCACAUAGUGCUGUGGGACGGGCAGGGCGUCGCCCUCAAGGGGAGCCUCAAUGGGAGCCUGUCCAUGCCCUUCCUCAAGCCCACUGGGACCCUUGGUCUGCAGGUGGAGCUCACCCACCCGCUGCCCCUGCCCUUGCCACGGCACUGCAGCUUCCGCCUGACCUCCAAGCAUUCGACACGCUGUCACCAGGAUGACCUGGUCGUGGGCUGGGACGGCAAGGACCAGGUGGCGCUGUCCUCCUCUCUGCGGCGGGAGAAGGGCAAGCUGGCCGCCCGCCUGGCCCUGGCUCACCCCUUCAGCCUCUCCUGGUGGCAGGCCGAGGCCAGUGGCCUUGCUGAGAGCAGAGGCGGCAGGCAGAGCCGGCAGGUGCAGCUUGCCUGGAACGGUGGGCAGCCGCUGGCCUUGCAGCUCACCUGGGCCGACAGGUCCUCGGCGCAGAGCACCUCCUGGGAUGGUUGCAUGGCUGCCUCCCCGGGGCAGCUCCAGGACACCUGGGGCGCCCUCAGGGCCUGUGGGGCCUUAACGCAGACCCCAGCUGUGCUCAGCGAGUGGCUGGAUCUGUCCUGGGAUGGACGCCGGGUGCGGCAGAACCUGACGUACGAGAGGCGCCAGCCAUCCCUCCCGGACAGGAUCCACACAGAGGCUGUGCUGGAGCACAUCCUCAGGGCCCCCUGCUCCACACAGAGCUUCCAGGGGGACGUGGAGACGGACCAUGCCCACUGGCUGCGCCACUCCCUGCAGCUGGGGCUCUGCCACCUGCCCAGGGCCCUCUUGGUCUCUGGGGAGCACACCCUGGGCAGCGGUGAGCUCCUGCUACACUCCAGAUGCCAGCUAGGCCUCGCCCCAGACCCAGAUCACGGCCUGCACCUCAGCCUGAUGCUCUGCAACCACAGCAGGCCCCGGAUGCAUGACUACUCCGGGGAGCUGGAGCUCCAUGGCCCCAAAGCUCAGUGGCUUGGCCUGCUGGGCCACGUCUCCACCUCGGCUUCUCGAAGCCUGCUCCAUCUGGAGGGAAGCGUGGACGACGGGGAUGAGAAAGUAAAGCUGUCAGUGUCUCGGGCCCCGAACUGCUUCCAGGCCUCAGUGGCCCAUGAGGAAGGGAGCCAAGAGGAGAGCGUGCUGCUACGGGCUUGUGCCCACAGGCGGGCAGCAGAAGUGGAGGCCCUGCUCCAGGACCAAGGGCAGCCCGUCCAGCCGCUGGUUCGCUUGACCCUGGAGGCUGCCAACCAGAGCCUCCGCUUGGCCGCACGCGGCUGCGAGGGGACCCUGCUGGGCCACCUGGAGUCCAGGCUGGCUGCUCUCGGGUCCCAGGCGCAAGCUGGGCUGGAGGAGAGGAUCCACAGCUUGGACGCCUACGUGAGACGGUUCCAGCACCUGGUGCAGCCAGCGGGCGCCCUGGAUGGCAUGGCCGGCCCGCUUCUGCGGCUGUGCCAGGCGGGGCUGGGGGCCGUGCGGGACGGUGGCCGGGCGGUGGCCGUGCUGUGGGACCUGAGCCCCGCUGGGCGGGCACUCACCCUCCACGUGCCGCUCUCCCUGGAGAGGCUGCGGGCAGGGCUGGAGCAGCUGCGGAAGGAGCUAGAACGGCCCCUGGCCACGCUGAAGGACGCCUACCUGGAGGUGACGGUGCAGCCCCUGGAUGGUGUAUGGUGGGAGCGGGCAGAGGAGGCCCUGCGGCAGCUGCAGGCCUGGGUGUCCGGGACGCCGGGCACCUGGGGGUCUGGGCCCCUCGGGGCAGUGCUGGAGGCCACAGGGGGCGCCCUGGAGCUGGCCGCCCACCGGAUGCUGUCUUGGGCCGACGCCACGCUCUCACGGGCACUGAGGCGACUCUGCAGACCCCUGUUGCACCUGUACAGCUUCUCGGCCAGGGACCACUCAGUGGCGGUAACGCUGCCGAUGCUGCCGGCAGGGGACGAGCCCCUGGAUGUGGCCCGCGUGACCAGCCACCUGGUGGAAGAGCUGCUGCUGCGGCCACUCCGAGCACUGUACGGGACCAGCGUGCUGGCCGAGUACCACCGGCUCAAACAUGGCCUGCUGGGGGCCCCCUCUGGAUACCACGCUGUAGUGGCUGGGGCCAGGUACAUGGUGACCUUUGACGGCCGGGUGUGGGGCAUUGGGGACCACUGUGGCAGCCUGCUGCUGGCCCAGGACUUUGCUCAGGACACGUUCUCGCUGAUGCUAAACCAGGCGGGCUCGGGGCUCACAUCGCUGACCGUGGGGCUGAACCACACCAUCCUCGCCCUCUACCCCAGCCUGAAGACCUACAGGCUGUACAGCAACUCCCUGCCUGGGGAGAGCUGUCUGGACAGGGACCUGCCUCCCGUCAAGACCAGGAGGGACGACCCCAGGAUUGAACUGAUCAGUGAGGAUGGCGUCUCCAUCACCUGUGACGUCCCUGCCGGCCUCUGCAGCCUGACUCUGAGCAUCUGGCAGCAUGGCCUGUCUGCCGGCCUCCUGGGCACCAAUGACAACGAGGCUGGCAAUGAGCUGAUGCUGCCGGACGGCACGGUGGCCAACAGCCUGGAGGAGUUCGCCCUGGCCUGGCAGGUGGCUGGUGACUGCAGAGCCGUGGAGAAGACUCAGCCGGCGUGCCUGGAACAGAGCCCCACCUGCCAGGCCUUCUUCCACGACCCCCACUCCAGCCUGGCGAGCUGCUUCGGAGUGGUGGACCCAACACCCUUCCUCAGCCUGUGCGCCCGGGACACCUGUGGCACCCAGGAGCGCCAGCCUGCUUGCACCCUGGCCGCCGCCUACGUCCACCUGUGUGCCAGGGACUUCGUGCCCAUGGACCUGCCUCCACAAUGCGAACAAGACCCGACCAACAUCUUUCGCAGUGACGGGGCACCUCCCAGGGUGUGCAGAGGCGGUGUCUGCAGGGUGAUCAGCAGCGCCCAGCAGCUGGCCAACUGUGCCUCAGUGGCCUUGACCGAGCUGGCAAUAGCCGCAGGACCCUCAGAUGCUAGCAUGAGAACUUUGCCCGCUGUGAUAACCACCCUGGGAGCCGAUUACUCCCUGCUUAAACCUUCUGGGAACACUUACAGCCUGAGCACUGCAGAAAGGAUUUAG